ACAACGCCGCCGGCGCGCGAGUCAAAGCGCGAGACUUUGCGGAGCAGCAGAGAAUCGGACGGAGCGAAGAACAGCACGCGUUGUUUCCAUGGACCACGGGAAUAUAUCGUUUCUUGUUCCCAUCGUCUCUACGUUUGUUUCAAUCGACCCUUACCGAUUACUGUCACUUUAGUUCCCUUUACUGCCCUAAACCGGGUUUAUCUUUUGUUUUUCUUGUCGGACUGUAAUUCAUUUGGUAAUUAACUUAAGUGUUGGUGGACAUCCUCACCGUUGUUUCAGGACUGGCCAUCAUAUUUGCGUGAAUAUUUUGGAUAUUAGAUGAGCGAAAAGUUACAUUUUGAACUGAGUUUUCUGCUUCAGCGGGGAAGUACGACAAGACUUUUGUCCGCCAAAGGACCGAAUUAUUUGUACCCGGUGGUCGUCAUUUUCUCAGCAUGAGUAAAAAUACAACUUCAAGACAUUGACAGAAAUGCUAAUGCUGCGGUUUAUGGAGAAACAUUUCUAGGGGGGGAAAUCACCCGCAGUGGACCUGGCGCCCUUCACCAGUCUGUGUGCACUUCAAAAACAUUUAACUUCACCCCAUGCACGAUCAUAAUAUUGUUCUAAAUUCAUCCCAAUUCAGAUUCAUAUGGCUUUGCCUUCUCAAAUCUGACAGUACUUGAGACUUUCAGUUGAGGUCAUUGCCUCCUUUGAAUGGAACAAAAGGAGGUUGAUGUUUCUGAAUCUGCUUUCUUUAUACAAAUAUUCCGAGAUUUAUGCUCCGAGUCUUUCAGAUGUGGAUGUUGCGGUCACACCAUCUCCUCAAGUGCAGGGGGAUCUAGUGAAGUUCAGUACCCCACCAGUCUUUUGUCUCCAUUAGGUCCCAUUCAUUUGUCUUGUAGGAGGAACAUGGGAGUCCAGACGAGGGGAGCCUGGGUGGCAAUGGCGUUCUCGGACUGGGUCAGUGGAUUGGGAUUUCUCCUAAUCUUCCUGAUGAUGAGUUUAGCAGUGGAUGCGACCAACAUGGAGCCAGUCUACUGGAACUCUUUAAACAGAAGGUUUGGAGAUGAGAGGGGCUACAUACUCUACCCUCAAAUAGGGGAUCGUUUGGACCUUGUGUGUCCUGCCACAAAUCCCUUGGGGCCAAACUCUCCCUCUGAGUAUGAGUUUUAUAAACUGUACCUGGUGUCCUCACGAGAGCAGGCCGACAAGUGUGAGGUGAUGGGCGCCCCCAACCUGUUGCUCACCUGCGACAAACCCAACAGCGAUAUGAGGUUUACCAUCAAGUUCCAGGAGUAUUCGCCCAACCUCUGGGGCCACGAGUUCAAGAACUUACGAGACUACUACAUUAUAGCUACCUCUGACGGUACAAAAGAAGGAAUCGACAGCAUGAGAGGAGGCGUGUGCGUGACACGAGGGAUGAAGCUGAUUCUCAAAGUGGGACAGACUGCAUAUGGCCUUCCCCCAAAACCCAAACCUGAUCCAGGCCGACCCAACAGCAGAACCCCAGAUACAGAAAGUGGAUCUAAAGGGGGGGAUGGAGGUGAGGCCGGUGAGAGGGGAGACAGCGACGACGUAUCCGCUUCUAACAUCGCUCUAAUCGCCGGUGGUGCGGGGGGAGCCUUCGUCGUCCUGAUCGCUGUAGUGAUCGCCGUGAUGUGUUACCGCCGACGGAAAGCCAAGCACUCUGAAACUCACCACCCUGCCCUUACACUAUCCUCUCUUACCCCAAAGAGGGGCAGCUCCUGCGGGGCAGCAACUGGGGCUGGUGGGGGCAACAAUAAUGGCUCAGAGCCCAGUGAUAUCAUCAUUCCCCUGCGGACCUCUGACUCUGCAUACUGCCCCCAUUACGAAAAAGUCAGCGGCGAUUACGGUCACCCCGUCUACAUCGUUCAAGAGAUGCCACCUCAGAGUCCAGCCAAUAUUUACUAUAAAGUAUGAGAUCAGCGAGCACAAAGACAACCUAUCCUGACUUUAUCGUACCUCACACACGUUCGCUGUGUUCAAGUGACUCUAUAUGUAAGAGCCUAAUACGCGUUACAAGAACUUGGACCUGAAGUUGAGUUGAUCGUACCGUAUAGAAAAGCUGUAAAUACAGCUUUUAUGUUAUAGCAGCGUGUUUGCGUUUAUUUACACGUGUGUGUGUCUCUGUGUGCGUCAUGAGGCGGGCGGGUCACGGAUUUCACAUGUGCUCAGGUACAAGUGAAUGUACGUCACAUGCCUGUUUGAGACGACUUUAUACGUCCGAUGGUCGUAAUUGAAUUAUUGUGCUUAUCCUCAAAACCAAACUGUAGAGAGUGAGACUUUUAAGUGAUUCAUACUUUUAGAGAAAAAAAAAAACCUGUAUAAAUAAUAUAAAUACUUAAUACAUU